AUGAAAGGCAUAGAAAAACUGAAAGUGUAUAUCGUAGUUUUACUUGUGUUUUUGGUGCUAUUUAUAGCUCCUGAGAAGUUUAGCUCACUUUCAAUUGAAUGAAUUUAUCCGGGACACCUAUUCUAUCAUUUAUCAGCUUUUACAUUCCUAUAUCCAAAUUCAAAUUCAGUAAGAAAAUUUUUAACUGUAUAUUUACUUUCUAUUAGUGAGUUAUGUUUAUUGUGCUUUGUAUCUAAAGUCCCAGUACAUUCACUUUGCAGCACUGUAAGCAUUGAAUUUAUAGCUAUUUUUUUAGUUUACAGUAUUUUGCCAAGCUCAAUAACAAAAAGUGCGAUCUUGAAUAACGAAAUCAGAAUUAUGACUUAUUUAAAUGAAGCAUUUUGGAAAUCUAGCCUACUAAUCAAUGCAAUACAAUAUACUUUAAACUUCUAUGAGCUUUCACAGUACUCGCUCGCAAAGAGCCUUUUUAUAGGAAUUUUAUUUAUGAUGCAGACCCAUUUAGUAUACUUUGCUGACAAUUAUCUUACUGUUUCUGGCUUUAAAAAAGGUAUUUCACGCAAUAACAUAGUUAUUCAUAUGAAGCAUGGUUUAAUACUUUCAACGAUUGGCUACACUUUACUAUCCAUAAGUAAAUCCUCUUCAGAUUUGAAUUAUUCAAGCGAUUUCCUUGCCCUUAAAGUCUGCAGCUCCUAUCUUAUGGUAUGGUAUUCUCUUAAAGCCAUCAAACGCUCCUCUAUUUAA